CAUCAUCGGUUCAAGCCGCCACCGGCUGCCAAGAAGGAGGAGAUGACAGAGCUCGCGUCUCCUUGUGGGCAUUGUAGGGAAAACGAGAAAGCGGUGCGUUGCUUGUCGAAUGGAUCUAUGAAUGUGACUGAGUACUUUAUCCAAAGAGAUGCCCUUGCCGCCAUCUUCCUGGGUUUUGGUAUCAACCCAAAUGUGUCGCACGCCAUGGCCAGAACACCCUGUGGCUAUCCUGGUUUGGUUUGCGAUGAUGCUGGUUUUGUGAUCUUCAUCGGCAUCUCAGGAGGCCUUCCGGGGGAGAUAUCCUGGGAAAUUGGAAAGCUUCAGAAGCUGGAGGAACUCCAUCUUGCUGAUAACUGGCUGCGUGGAGAGAUUCCCAGAUCCUUGGGCUCGCUGAAACGCCUAGAGCAUUUGAUCUUGCGAGACAAUCGCUUGACAGGGGACAUCCCUGCGGAGCUUGGAGAGCUGAAGGCCUUGAAGAAGCUCUUACUAAGCCAUAACUAUCUCACGGGCAGAAUUCCGAAGGAGCUAGGCGCACUGAAAGAUUUGAAGGUCCUUUCUUUGGGAAAGAACCUGCUCACCGGUGAGAUCCCGAAGGAAUUGGGUCAGCUGAAGUUCCUGACACAUUUGAAUUUGCGUCAGAACCUUCUAAGCGGUGAGAUUCCCAGGGAGCUUGGCAAUUUGAAGGUGCUUGAAUCGCUUUACCUCUGUCAAAACAACCUCACAGGUCCGAUCUUUACAGAAGUUGGCAACUUGCGACAACUGCGGCAGCUCGCGCUAUACCAAAACCGCCUCAGCAGUGAGAUCCCACAGGAGAUCUCCCAACUCCGCCUUCUUGAAAGCCUCAGCUUGAGCCAGAACCAGUUGAGCGGCCAGAUCCCUCCUCAGCUGGGGCAACUGGUGGAAUUGAAGUAUUUGAAUUUGCACAGCAAUCAGCUUUGGGGGAAGAUCCCGCGAGACCUGGGAAGUCUUCAGAAGCUCACCUUGCUUCAGCUUGCCCAAAAUCAGCUCACGGGACAGAUACCCUUCGAGUUGGGCCUGGCUACCAAUCUCAGGAUACUUCAUUUGGAGAAGAAUCAGCUGCACGGACAGAUUCCUCAGUCAAUCUUCAACCAUGCAGGCUUGCAGCAGCUGCACCUGCAUCACAACCAGCUGUGGGGCCAAAUAGGUCUGGGAGAGCUCCCCUCUUUGACGGUGCUGCACCUGUCAUACAAUCGCUUGACCGGGGAAAUUCCCAGAAGCAUUGGGCACCUGAAGUCGUUGCAAAGCUUGCACCUGGAGAGCAAUCACCUUUCAGGCCCAAUCCCAGAAGAACUCUGGACGCAGAAGUUGCAGGAUGUGCAUCUCAAUGGAAAUGCCUUCAAGGGUCCUUUGCCACCGUUUCAGCACAUGCUAAACUUGCAGCUCUUGGACCUGGGCAACAACUUCUUUGAGGGCGAAGUGCCCCCCCUCCCACGAAGCCUGGAACUCUUGGAUCUGAGCCAUAAUGACUUCGCUGGAAGUGUGGCUUCAGUGGUGGAGCCUUUCUGCAACUUGCAGUCGAUCGGAGGCCAACUACGUGAGCUGCGCCUGAAUCACAACCGCUUUAUUGGACGACUGCCACCCUGUUUGAUGCAGUUUCGUAGGUUGAAGCACCUCUCUCUGAACAACAAUGGUUUGUCGGGCUUGAUUCCAGAAGUCGAAGCCACUGAGCUGGUGGUUCUGACGCUACAUCGAAACUCUUUCUCUGGACCUAUCCCGAGAUCCUUUCAGAACUUAGAACACCUCUCAGUUCUGACAUUGCAUGAAAAUUCCUUCCGCGGCCCGAUCAUUCCGCUUCGCCUCACUUCGCCUUGCAUUGACAACCCUCGAUUUGAGUUACACUCGACGACUUGCUACAUCCUUUGUGUCUUUUUGGAGGCUGAACAAACAGACUGUCGUGCUCUCAUGGAGCUUCUUCAUUACCCGAUCCUUGAGGUGGAGCUAGUCAGACUGAACUGCCCCGACCUGUGUGGGACCUGCGACAGCGAGGGCAGCUCCAAUGCUACUUUUCAUCACAAUCGCUUUUCAUGCCACGUCCCUGACACAAUUAGCAGCAACAACACAGCCAUUCAUGCUACAGGAGUGAUGGGAAACAUGCUCGGUCAGGGUUUAAGGCUGAAUGCUUCAUGGAUCUCUGCGGAAGAGAACCAAGCAUUUCUUUACUAUUCGCCCAAGGUCUGGAAUGACAAUUUGUUCGUGAUGGUCCCCAUGGUGCUGCUGGUGCUCACCUUCGCACUGUUGCAUCGACCCUUACAGCAUCAGCUGAGAAAGGCUUCACGGAGCCUAUCUUCAGGAGCAGCAUCUCGCGUGGCAGCAUCCAACCUCACACUGAUCAAAGUCGCAGGAUUAUCCAUUCUAAUGUCAUGGCCGCUUCUGAUGAUUUUCUGGGCAGGCACUGGUUAUCAUACCUGCAGCCCUCCCUUGUCUCAGAUCACCCUGGCCAAUCUGCAAGAGAAUGUUUGGGGAGAGCUCGGGGUGGUGGUCGCAUGGUGUGGAGCGGUCCUCUUCUUUCGAUCAAUCCUGCUGAGUAUGCCCAAGACAGCGGAGAGCCCGCUGAGAUAUAGUCGGGCGCGAGGUCCGAGCAUGAAGACCCAGGUGUUGAAGGGCCUCGCGUGGCUUCUGUGGUUCUCCUUUGUCAGUGUGCUCUCAAUGCCCUCCAUUCUGGUGGCGGCAGUGCAGGCCCUGCCGAAGACUGUGAAUCAGGAGUGGUUUAGCCACAUCCAUUCGGCUGCGCCGUUUCUCAUUGUCGCCAUUGAUACUGUGGUGGCCAGCGCUCUCUCCAUGCAGUACUCAGCUCGAAGUGGCAUUAAGGCGGAUCGUCUCUUGAUGACCUUCCGGCUCUUUUCGGCUUGGCUUCUGAGUCUUCUGACCACUGUCUUCCUACAUGAGAACUGCCUGGGAGGAUGGAAGCUGUUUUGGAUCGUUUGCAGAGAGGAGGCACCUGAGCAUCAAUCCUUCAAUUGGAAAAUCUGGGAUGAAGAGAUCCUCAAUACCAAGAAGGACAUGUGCUCCCUGAACCUACUCUGGUGGCAAGAUGGCCGUUGUUCGCGGUCGAUCGUGGAGGGUUUGACGGCGCUGCUGCUCAAGAAGCUCCUGAUUCGGAGCACGCUGCAGCCCUUGGUAAUGCUGGUCCUGUGGAGUGUCUCCCGGCCAGAACCCACUGAACAUCCAGAAGAGGGACGCCAUUUGCAGCUGCUAAAAGGGCCCAAGACGACCGGCUCCUUGCUGCCUCUGCAACAAAUGGCUUUGUUGACCACUUACAUCGAGACGCUCUUUUUUUGGUGUCCGUUGAUUCCCUUGUUGAGCAUUGGAAUUCUCAGCGCUGCGGUGGCCAACUUAUUCUUAUUUGACGUUGCAAUCUGGAGAUUCCAUGUCAGACUGCCUUCAGAUACGAGAAGUCGAGAUGCUGGGAUUUCCAGGUCAUAUUUGAGCUUUUCGCUGGGUGCCAGCUGUUGCUUCCAGGUUUGGCAUGCAUUCUGCACUGAGAUGUCGGGCCGAUACCUCUUGCUAGUCGCCAAUGUGGUGCUCUUGGGACCCUGGGCCCGUCGACUUUUGCCUCUGGACCGGGCGAAGAACUUCUUCUGGGCCGAUCUCAUCCGUGCCGGUGAGGCGGAGGUCAUUGAGCUGGCCAUCCGCAUUGAUGUGGAAGGGAGGGACGAGGACUCGAAUGUGGCAGGUCUAGAUCUGCUAUGACUGCUGUGACUGCUGUGACUUGUAGGCACAGCGCGUG